AUGCCGGUUCUCCCUAAUGAAUUGGUCAUCCAUGUCAUUUGGUGUCUAAUUCCGCCCAACCCACCGGUUGCGUUCCCGUCGGGCCACAUCGUGACGCGCACGCUGAUCAGCCUCACCCUCGCGUCCAGGCUUACACGCGCGGUUGCAAUCCGUCUUCUCUUUAAACACUGCUUAUAUUUGGAUUCGGAAAAGCGACUGCAUGGUUUGAUCGAGGCUGAGAAGAGCUGGCUGCGAGAUGACAGUAUCGAUGGACAUGGAGCGCUGCACCAAUCCGAAUCGCUAUUUCUGCGUCCGUUCCCCGUGGACAGCCUUGAGGAGCCGCAAACAGUAAGGGAGGUGGAUCAAGUGUCGCUGGCUCUCUCCAACACCCUGCGACGGCUAGUCAUUGACAUGCCGCUACGAUAUCUGUAUCCGGAAGAGGACAUGUUGGGACUACGGAAAAUCUUGCGACAAGCCUUCAGCCGCCUUACUGCGCUGGAGGAAUUUUGCUCGGUUCGGGACGAGCUUUUCUGCGAUACCCUAGUGACAUGGUCGGAACCAGAUGCGGUGUCAGAGCCUGAGGUGUGGUCAGGUUGGCCGCGACUCCGAUGCCUCGCUCUCUACAAUGCCUGCGUCAACGACGCGUUUCUGCGGGCGUUGCAGCAUUGCCCAAGUCUCACCCACCUUGCGCUUACUCGAUCGGACGGCUUAACGGAGCCACUUUCCCUACCAUCCUCCGGAGGGCUAUCCUUGCCGUCCCUAGAGCGUGUACUCGUCAUCAAUACUGGCCAAGGACAUCGAGUGGAGUGGGGACGCCGCGAACCGGGCUGGGAAACAAGCAUCUGGGCGCGCUUGCUGCCUUGCCAUACAUCUCCUUCAGCCCCGAAUCCUCACAGCCGGCCCCGGUUAGUGUACGCCUUCGUGUCUGUACCGCCGAAUAGAGAGGGAGAAGAUAUCGAACUAUGCCAGGAAUGGGUUUCUGACCAUGCUGUUGAUGGCACGCUGUGGGAUUUUCCAGGAACGCCGUGGCAAGUGGAGGACCCAUAA